CCUCUAUCUCUCCCUCCCUCUCACAUACUCACACACAGGCCAUAUGACUGAGUCAAGCUCAGUUUUUAGUUUGUAGCAGAGUUGAGAUAAGACUUUCUGGGAAACGCAGACUAGUUGGACGGCAUUCCAUUUAGAAAUAACCAUGUAACAGCUGGGACUUUCUUUAUCACACUAAGAAACUCGGAUAUAUAAAGUCCGCCUCGCAAGAUGCCCCUGAUGGCCACGUCUGCCCCCCGGUCGUCUGUGUUUACAUUUGAGUCUGCAGUGCAUUCCUCCCAUGUGCUGCGCUGUCUGGACGAGCAGCGUCGCCGGGACACGCUGUGUGAUGUUACCGUGGUGGUGGAGGGUCAGAGUUUCAGAGCCCACCGCUCAGUCCUCGCUUCCUGUAGCGAGUACUUCACACACAGGAUCUCCUCCCUCACACAGCACGGAGCGGUCGUCACUCUGCCACAUGAGGUAACAGCUGCUGGUUUUGAACCCUUGUUGAAGUUUGCCUACACAUCCAAACUUCUUUUCGGGAAAGACGAUGCCUUAGACAUACGUAACUCAGCUUCCAUCCUUGGUUUCAGAGACCUGGAUGAUGCAUGCUUUGAUUUUCUCCUCCCUAAGCUCUUCUCCAGAAAUGAAGGUUCUGCUCCUCUUCCGAGAAAGACCUGUUGUAAGAAGAAAUGCAAGAGGCGAUUAUCAAAGGAAGACCGUGCCUUUGACUCUGACGAUGUGUUGUUGGAUGAGAAAGAAGUCAAACCAGCUGCUGACUCACCAUCUCAGCAGGAAGUGGCUUGGCACUGUAACAAAUCAGUGAACAGCAAAAUGGGAAGUCAGAACAGCACAGGCGCCCUUACACCUGUGGCUGAAGGGACAAAUAACCAUUUUCUGCAGUGUCCAAAGUAUCGCAAAUUCCAGCUGGCCUGUGGGAAAGAAACUUGUGUCACAGAGAAAAGCCUGAACAAUCCAGCACCCUUAAUAAAGGAUGACUGUGACCUCUCCUGCUCGCCCUGCUCCAGUAAGAAUGAAGCUGAUGUUGAAUUCCCGGGUAAUUCAACCUCAUACUCUACCAGACCGAACAAAGGAGGGGCCGAUGAGCCAUGGCAGACUGAAACACAUGACAAGAAAACAGAGGAUUGUGUGGGUAGAGGGGAGUCUGACGUGAUUAUGAAAGACACAAGUGAAAUGCAGAUAAAAUGGAAAAAGAGGAUGGAUAUGGAGGAAGACAUCAGCUCUUCAGACAGAUCCAAUGUCAAGGCAGUCUCCUCUGGGCCAAGCACAGCACUGAGUGAGAGGUCUGCAGGGUUAAUAUUGCACCAAUGCCCCCUGAAGACCUUUGGUGAGGGGCUUAUGAUCACUGGGUCACUGGGACACAAUAGGUUCACCAUGGACAUUGGAGAGGGCAAGAAAACAAGGGACUCUGAUGCACUAGUAUCCAUUCAUCAAAAUGGAGUGGAGCAGGUGGAAGCUGAGCAUGAAAGGGCAGACGGCGAGAUAGAUUGUAGCUGGCAAGAAGGAGGAAAAGGAGGACAAACAGGCAGCAUGGAGAGAGAGAGAGAAAGGAGCACCGUGGAAAGGGAGGUGGCUGAGCACCUGGCCAAGCGUAUGGGCUCCGAUGUGGGCUUGCCUCAGCUGAACUUCCAGGACCCUGAUCCAGAAAGUUCCUCCGAUACAGGGAACGGACAGGCACAGAGCUCAUCUCUAGAGUGGCUGAAGCUCCACAACAAUCUCAGCUCCGCAAGCACCAGCUGUCCCUUUUUCCGGGAUCUGGACCAAAGCAAAUGUUUAUGGAAGGGAGCAGAGCUGUCUGAGUGCGAGGUGGUGUCUCAGUCAGGCGUGUCAUCCCUGAACUCUGGGGAGGAUGGAGACUCAGAGACAGAAACAGAAGGAGACAGCGAGUCCUACACAAGAGAGAGGGCCAGACAGGUGCAGCUGCCGUUCUCUGUCGACUGGAUUGUGGAUCUAAGCAGAAAUGACUUCCAGCAGCUGCUGAAGCAACAGGUCUUUACACGUGAACAGCUGGAGUUUGUCCACGAUAUGAGACGCCGCAGCAAAAACCGCCUUGCAGCCCAGCGAUGCCGCAAGAGGAAACUUGACUGCAUAUACAAUCUGCAGUGUGAAAUCAACAAGCUGAAGACAGAGAGGGAGAAACUGAUGACGGAGAAGAGCCAGCUGAGCCAGCUGAAGUCCAAAACAUGUCACAGUGUCUCUGCGUUGUGCCAGAGGGUCUGCAGCGAAGCCAACCUGCAGCCAGAGCAGCUCCAGGUGUUAGCCAAAUACACCUCACCAGACUGCCCUCUGUCCUCCUUCUUUCCUCACAUAGACACACUCCUUUCACAGCAUGGGUUGCCACUCCAGCCCCAGGUUUCACUUUCAGCCUCUUUUGUGGGCCAUGAUAUGUACGUGGCGUCUGAGGAGGCGUCACCCACCUCCAGAGGGGAAACAGUAACAGGCAAUGGUCAGCAUUAGCUUUAGAUACACAUCCAGCAUAUGUACAAAACCCAUAGGAUCAGUUAUGAUGUCAAACUGUUAAGUAAACCAAAGGUUCCCACCCUGCUCAGUGAAGCAGUGGUACAUAUACAGCAACACAUGACAAUAGAUUUGCAACGAGAAGGCUGUAAUCAGUGCAGAUUUUAAUUAAAUCCUGCUUCCUUUUCAAUUUAAAACAUAAGCCUCAAAUUAAGAGGUCAGAAAUGCAUUCCAGGUGUCCAAAACAUUUUACCUUUUGUCUCUAAUGACCUUCUGUGGCGAAUGUUUUACGCUUUGCAAAUGACUUAUUAGACUUCUGGUUAAAGCCCAAAGGGACCUGCUCACAAAUCAACUCAGCCAGGGUGCAUGUUGGGAAUGUUUAAUUUUUUUUUUUUUUAGCACUGGGACAAUCAAACUUUAACCAAAAAUCAAAGGGAACAGUGGUCCCUAUAUUUAUAAUGUUCUUCACUGCUUAAUUACCUCAGGACAACACACUUCAUCCUAUGUACUUCAGUUGUUUAAAAUGACAUUUUUAUACAGUUUCUCAGGUUUUAAUAGGACAAAUUCAGCACACAAUACCUCUCACAGACAGUGCUGCCCUCUCUCUGUAGAGUGCAGCAUAAAUCAGCAUUUUGCACCAAAACCAGACAACUCAAUAAAUAGACUUGACUUAGUGUGCCAUGUUUACCUUCUGGUCAUAUGUCUGGCUAUCAUAUUUCAGCCUGUCAUUGUGGUCCUCUGACCACAGUGACACAGCUCUUCUAGGCUGCACACAGCUCUCAGCUUUGCUUCGACUCACUAACACAGACCUCACAAAAAAAUCCCCCAAACGUGUUAAAAGUGCUGUCUAAAGAAACUGCACAUUAGCAGCUUUUAUACAUGAACAAAGUACAAGUUUAGGAUAAAAGCUGCCACACUGUGUAAUUAAAAACCACAUUACGUGCCUGCUCUUUAUUAUAGCAGGUGUCUGACUCUUUUAAUUUUUAAAAACAUUUUUUUUAAUGGAAAUAUUGUGGGUUAUCCACAACCUGAUCAUCUUUGACACACUUAUCCAAAUUUAUUUCAAGGGUCAAGUUAACAAGGUAGCAUUGACUCAUUGUUGCAUGCGGUACAAGCAUAUUUAUGUAUAUAUCUUGUGUUGUGUGUACUAUGGAAAGCACAACUAUUCCUAGUUGCUUUGUGUAACCCAUUUAUUACUCAAUUUCUGCAGCUUUUCUAUAGAAUGGUGCAAGAAUGAGUCCUAAAACCUGGCAAUGAGUUAGCAUUUUAGUACUUCUGGUUUCCUUGCUGCGAAUGGGUUUUUGGUUAGCUGGAAAUAAGGUCUGUAAUUUACACAAGCUGAAGAGGCUUUCACUUUUUUUUC